ACAUCCAUAUUAAUGUCUUCAUUUUUCUUUGUCUUCCCCUAUAAGUCCUGAAAAUAAUCCACCAUAACAUCGAUGUUGAAUUUAUAUGAGAGUCUAAUGGCAGUGUGCUAUUACUUCUCCUUAGAAGGGGCAACGGUGGCAUUCACAUAUGUUAAAGGUGAGGAGGAUCAGGACGCGGAGGAUGCCCUGAGGUUGAUCAAAGACGCAAAGGCCGCACCUGACGCCGGAGAGCCCAUUGCGGUGCCGGCCGAUCUCCGUAGCGAAGCCGCUUGUAAGGCGGUGGUGGACGUGGUGGUCAGCCGUUUCAAGCGCAUUGACAUCCUUGUGAAUAAUGCAGCAGUGCAGUAUUAUGCGGAGAGCAUUGAGGAAAUCACUGAGGAAAGGCUUAGGAGAACAUUUGAAACCAACAUCUUUCCUUAUUUCUUCAUGUCAAGGUACUCAAUGCGACACAUGGAAAAGGGGAGUUGCAUCAUCAACACAUCAUCAGUUUUGGCAUACCAAGGUAAAGCCACACUGGUGGACUAUAGCUCCACCAAAGGUGCCAUUGUCACCUUCACCAGAAGCCUUGCCCUGCAACUCAUGAAACGGGGGAUUAGAGUCAAUGGCGUUGCCCCCGGCCCCAUUUGGACUCCUCUCCAAGUGGUCUCCCUUCCGGUCGAGAAGGUCGGGGCGUUCAACGAGGAGGCUCCCAUGGAGAGAGCAGGGGAGCCUUUUGAAGUUGCCCCCUCCUAUGUCUUCCUAGCUAGUAACGAUUGCUCUUCUUACAUCACCGGCCAAUUUCUUCACCCCAAUGGUGGAUCGAUCAUCAAUGCUUGAUCAAGUUCUUUAGUCGGCCAUAUAUAUAUCAUUUGCUUCACGACGUGCUCCAUCGUCAUGUUCUUUAUGUCCGUGUUCAAUCACUUUUCUACCAUACGGAGGAGUAAUAAUUCUUUUAAAAUUUUAUGUUUUGUUUGAAUGAAAAAGUAUAUUUGCCCUACCAAAUUUUAGUUUUAACUUUUAAUAAUAAUGGCAGCAGUGGGAA